GCAUGUGACAUCACUUUUUAAGCUAAGGCAUCUGCAGGACCUACUAACCUGGGGUCCUAACUGACACUCACAUUGUCAAGAUGGCGGUCUCCAUCUCAGGACUACUAAAACCUUGGAUACCAAGGGUCUUCCUGGUCAGAUGGAGUAGGUACAACCCAUACUAUCUGGAGCCAGAGGUCACAAAGGAGACCUACAGUAGACCAGAGACGGAGCUGACCCAAGAGGAGAAGCAGCAGCAGGAGCUCAAAACGCUCAGACCCAUCAAGGCAGCAACCAGUAAUGUCACCAGCUCCAUUUUCAGUGAUCCGGUCGUCAGCAAAUUCAUCAACAUGAUGAUGAAACAUGGAAACAAGGUUUUGGCCAGAGAGAUCAUGGCAAAAACCCUGGAGAACAUAAAGAUGAAACAGGUGGAGAAAUACCACAAAGCUCCAGAGGGGCAGAAGGAGGAGAUCGAAUGUAACCCCUACACCAUCUUUCACCAGGCUUUGGAGAACUGUAAGCCUGUCGUUGGGCUGUCCAGCAUACAGAAGGGUGCAAAAUUCUAUCAGGUGCCUGUCCCUUUGACGGACAACCGCCGCCGCUUCUUCGCCAUGAAAUGGAUGAUCAUGGAGUGCAGGGACAACAGACAACCACAGACACACAUGCCUGAAAGACUUUCCCAGGAACUGCUGGCGGCCUUUAACAAUGAGGGCAAUGUUAUCAAGAAGAAAUAUGAGCUGCACAAGAUGGCUGAAGCCAACAGAGCCUAUGCCCACUACCGCUGGUGGUAGAAAGACUUAAAUAAAAAAAAUAAAAAAAGCUGUCAGAUGGAUGGAUGGACUGGACUGAUGUAUUGGCUCCAAAGAGUCAUGGAAGAUUCAGCCACAUAUUCUGUUGCAGUGUACCGCUUUAGUGAACAUCAUCAAGAUAUCUGGUGGAAGGACUAUGCUGUAAAAAGUGCUGUUGGACAAGUGAAAUUCGUAUAAAGCAGCUUUGACCGUGGCUCACUCUGUCGAAAAUGCACCAAGUCUAAUAAACUGUUGUGCUUAAGUGUAUCGCUAAUUGACAAACUGAAUUAAGAAAAGAACUCAAUUUAUUAGAACAAAUAUGUAAGAAAUGCACAACCAUAAAAAUAAAUGAUGUAAAACUGUUGCAAUGCUGUAAUAAAAUAUAAACAUAUUGCAGUCAGGUCAGGUGUGUACCCUGUCAUAAAGGAAUAUUGCACAAAGUCCUUAAUAUCAGCCAGAUUAUUUCAUCUAUUUGUCCUAAAUUUGUUUCAACUUGGUCUGACUGUAGUAACAAAUACCAAAGUUUAUAAGAAUCCUCACACUAGAAAUAAGGAUAGUGGGAAAUACAUUUUUUCUAAAAUCUUGCCAAGGAUUCAGCGUAAUGAAUGUGUCUCAUAGCUUUAAAAAGCUUUAAAGUAAAUCAUUUUGUACAUUGACGAUUUUCUGAAAUCACAAGGAUGUUGAUUUGGUUGAUUUGGCUGCCAAAGUAAAAUUAAUAUUUAGCCUAUUUACUUUUUACAGGUACAUGUUUUAAGACAUGACAUUAAAAAAAAAAAAAAAAAAAAA